AUGGCGGUGGCGAAGGCCGAGGGGGGCGUGGUCGCGAGCGCCUCGUCGGAGGCGCCGGCGGCCAUUCAGCCCAUCGACCGGGAGCAGGCCUCACCCUGGCUUGGCCGCAUCUUCCUGCUGCACGUCUCCAAGAUCAUCGAGGUGGCCGCCAGGAAGAAGAGGCUCUCGAUCGACGACUGCUGGCGGCACGGCGAGAAGCCUCACGAGGCCCUGAGGGCGUUCGACGCCGCCUACGAGGAAGAGCAGCAGAAGCCGAAGCCGUCCCUGAAGGGCGUGUUCUGGAAGCUGUCUAGAGCCGACUUCCUGAGAAGCGGCCUUUGCUUUGGCACCGCACAGGCUCUGAACCUGGCGUCGCCGCUCUUCCUCAAUCGGAUUGUGCGCAUUGUGGAGGUCUCCGCCAAAUACGGGCGCGGGGACGAGUGCCGCGACCUCGCCGACGAGAUCGACCGCCCGCUCUGCGACACGAGCGGUCUGGUGAUAGUGCCAGUCUUGUUCACAUUGGUCAUGUUUUUGCAGUCGGUGCUCAAUGCGCAGGCACAGCUGCUAUCGCUGCGGCUGGCGCUGCGGUUUCAGAAGAUGACGAUCGCGGCGAUCUUCAGGAAGAGCAUCAAGUUGUCCUCGAUCGGUGCUGGAUCGGCGUCCUCUGGGGGCAUCGGCAAUCUCGUCUCAAACGAUGCGCAGCAGAUCAUGCAGGCGGCUCCCAUGAUGCACUGGCUGUGGAUGGCGCCGCUGUUUGUCGCGGUGUCGUUCAUGCUCCUCGGCCUCUCGGUGGGCCCGAGCCUCUUCGUGGGGUUUGCUGUGAUGCUGGUCUGCAUGCCCAUCAUCGUCAUUUGCUUGGUGAAGGCAUUUAACCAGCGCAAGUUCAUGGUCAAGGCCACUGACGAGCGCGUGAAGCUUAUCAGCGACGUCCUCACAGGCAUCCGGGUGAUCAAGGCCUACGGCUGGGAGAAGGCCAUCAUGGACAAGGUGGCGGCUUGCCGGAAGGAGGAGCUGCGCUGCAACACGAAGCGCGGCCUCUGGAUGUCGGUGCUGAUAUGCUUCAUGUUUCUGGUGCCCGUGUUCAACGCCAUCGGCAUACUCAGCGUCUUCGCCGCCACUGGCAACGAGUUCACGGCAUCGCGGGUGUUCAUGGCGUUGGCGACGCUCAACAACAUGCGUUUCCCCAUCAUCCUCGGCCCGUUCCUCAUCUUCCAGUUCCAGAACUUCUCCCUCGCGAUGACGCGCAUGGGUGCGUUCCUCGCGCUCGACGAGCUGCCUCCCGCGGUGCUGGACCGCCCCUGCGCCCCGGCGUUCGCAGGUGGCAGCGUAGCGCCUGCGCCAUCCGCCAGCGGCCUGCUGGACGCGUCCCCUGCCUUCGCCGACGGCGUCAACGCUGCCUGGGCGGUGCCCGACCCGCCGGCGGACGGCAAGGGCAAGGGCAAGGGCAAGCGCGGCUGCCCCUGCCUCGGCAAGCGGCGCGGCAAGGGCAGCCCGAGGCAGGCCCAGGAGGCCGGCGAUCCGCGGGAGGGGCCUCCCGCCGCGGAGCCGAAGGGGGACGGCGCGGACCACCAGGGCAAGAACAUCGUCAUGGUGCAGAAAGGCGGAGCGAAUGUGAAGUUGACGCAGGUAUUGAUGGACAUCAACUUCCAGGCGGCGCCGGGCCGUCUCACCGGAGUCUUCGGGCAGGUGGGGUCCGGAAAGUCCUCGCUCCUGCAGUGCCUGCUCGGCGAGACCGAGCCGCUCGGGGGCAACGCCGGGAUCCGCGGCACGGUGGCCUACGCCGCGCAGCAGGCAAUGAUCUUCAACGCCACUGUGCGGCAGAACAUCACACUGGCCCAGGACUUCGUGAUCCCGCCGCACAUGCAGGAGACCUACGACGAGGUCGUCCGCGCCUGCCAGCUGCAGGACGACCUGGACCUGUUCCCGGCGGGGGACCUCACCGAGAUAGGGGAGCGCGGCGUGAACCUGUCCGGCGGUCAGAAGCAGCGCAUCUCCCUGGCGCGCGCGGCGUACAGCGGCGCGGAGGUCCUCGCCGCCACGGCUGUCGCCUCCAGUCCUGGUGAGAACGCGCCCCGGGAGACGUCCGGUAUCGGCACCGGCGCGUUCCCAGGACGUCCCAGCGCCGAUCCAACGGCCGACGGCGACCGACAGGGCAAGACGCACGGGUCACCAGCGCGGAGGCACACAGUCACGGGGCGCUCUGCAACGCGCUCGCGGCCGCUCGCGGCAAAGAGGAAACACGUUCGCCGGGCGGCAAAUGGCGCCGCGUACCUCACCGCGGAUGACCUGGCCACCCUCGCGUUCAGCUUCGGCGACGUGCUGGACGUCUCUCAGGCGGGCCACGCGGGGAGGGACAGCGUGAAGAGUGAGAGGGGCAGCGACGAUGGCCGCGACGAUGGCCAGGGAGAUGCGCGAGGGAAAUGCGAGAGAAAGGCGCCGCCAUUUCACCGCGGCCAGGCGGAGAAGCGGCCGCGCCUGUUCCUGCGGAGGUUCGCUGACACCUGGGACGAGGAGGCGCGCUGCCGCCCCCGGCGCACGCGAGAGAGGGGAAGAGAGUGA